AUGGAGAUUGCUUUGUGCCACAGUGUCAGCGAUGGCACCGGGGAGGGGAUUGCUGCGCUGUGCCUGGAGGUGCUGCCUUCCCCCAGCACCACCCCCACCCGGACCCCCACCUCUGCCCCCUCCGGCGGCACCGCGGGGCCCUCGGGGUCGGCCUCGGCCUCGGGUGGGGAGAUGAGCAGCAGUGAGCCCAGCACGCCCGCCCAGACGCCGCUGGUGGCCCCCGUCAUCCCAUCGCCCUCACUGACCUCGCCGGUGGCGCCCAUGGUCCCCUCACCCACCAAGAGCUGCCCAGCAGUGGGGCAAAGUGUGCAGGAGGACCAGGAGGAAGAAAACCUGCGUUCCCAAGUCAGGGACCUGGAGGAAAAGUUGGAGACGCUGAAGAUCAAGCGCAAUGAGGACAAAGCCAAGCUUAAAGAGCUGGAGAAGUACAAGAUCCAGCUGGAGCAGGUGCAGGAGUGGAAGAGCAAGAUGCAGGAGCAGCAGGCAGACCUGCAGAAACGGCUAAAGGAGGCCAGGAAGGAAGCCAAAGAUGCCCUGGAAGCCAAGGAGCGCUACAUGGAGGAGAUGGCCGACACCGCCGACGCCAUCGAGAUGGCAACCCUGGACAAGGAGAUGGCAGAGGAGCGGGCAGAGUCCCUGCAGCAGGAGGUGGACUCCCUGAAGGAGAAGGUGGAAUAUCUCACCAUGGACCUGGAGAUCCUGAAGCACGAGAUCGAAGAGAAAGGCUCGGAUGGAGCAGCGUCCAGUUACCAGGUCAAGCAGCUGGAGGAGCAAAACGCGAGACUGAAGGAAGCUCUGGUGAGGAUGAGGGACCUCUCUGCGUCCGAGAAGCAGGAACACGUGAAACUCCAGAAGCAAAUGGAGAAGAAAAACACGGAGCUGGAAUCGCUGCGACAGCAGAGGGAGAAACUGCAGGAGGAGGUGAAGCAGGCGGAGAAAACGGUCGAUGAGCUGAAGGAGCAGGUGAGUGCUGGGGGGGAUGGCGGGGUGCUGAGCAGCAGU